AUGGCAAGCACCCAAGACGUGUCGCCGACAGAGCUGCCCUCUGAGCGUGCUCCGCUCCUUCCAGAGCGGCAGGACGUAAUAAGCAGUAAACGCCAAUUUUCCCCGUUAACGCUUCUAAUCCCGCUAGCUGUCGCGACACGACUUACUUCGACACUUCCUGCAACAACAUUAUUGGAGGUUAUCCAAUCAGUCAUCUGUCGGCUGUGGCUCACGUCAAAUGGCAACUUCCCACCAGGCGGGGAGAUAUCCAAGGAUCUAUGCGCAGUUCCAGAGGUGGAGAAAACAUACUCCGCCGUCAUUUCAGCCAUUUUAAUUGGCGAUGGGCUUGCGGCUAUGAUCGCAUGCAGUAUGAUCAGCCAUAUUAGCUCUAGACUUGGAAGAAAACCGGUCAUCCUUGGCGCAGUUGCCGUUAGCUUUUUGGCCUAUUUUCUUAUGGUCUGCUCCCAGUACCUGUCUGGAUGGCUAGGAGCAACUUUUUUGGCCGGCUCUCUAUUACUGCAAGCAUUCGGUAAUCCCCUGAUUAUGAUGUUUAUGGUAAACAUCUACACCGUUGAUAUCUCCAGUGCUGAGGACAGAUCACCCGUUUUGAGUGCCAUCAAUGGAUGGGCUAUCCUAGGCCAAUCAGUCUCCUUUGCUAUUGGUGGACUUGUCACCACCAAGACCAAUAACCCGCUAAUCGUAUAUUACAUCUGCAUUUUCGUUCUCGGGGCAAUAUUCGUCUACGUCUUAGCUUUCCUCCCCGAAUCAUUACCGAAAGAGAAACGGGAUGAACUACGUCGCCAGCGCCUUGCUCAGCAGAAUGUAGAAGCAAGCGCCCAUCGAAGUUUAUCGAGCCGCCUCAUAUCUACGGUAGCCAUUGCGUUCGAACCUCUGAAACAGCUUGUUCCUGCCCGCAAGGAAGAUGGCAGACGGAAUUGGCGAGUAGUGUAUUGUGCAAUUCAUAUCCUCAUCGCGAUGGUUGCGGUCUCGUAUACGCCGGUGGCCCUUACGUUGUUGUACACAACGAAAUACAAGUACGACUCUGCUCAGACCGGAAUGAUGUUAACAACGCUGAGCUUGAGUGGUGUAUUCUGUCUUACAUACACGAUACCCUCGCUGAUUCGCGUAUUGCGUCCGAUUUACGCCAGGAAGGUUGUUCUUCCCGAAAAUCAACAGGAGCCUAGCGAUACUGCUGUAUCUACGUCGACAGACCUUCUCGAUGUCCAUAUCAUCUUCGUCUCCUGGGUCAUCGAUGCUAUUUCCUAUAUAAUAGCGUCUGCAACGACGACUCAUGUUUCACAUCUCAUAGCCGUGACCGCUAUCGGUUUCAGCGCAGCACAUACUCCCAUCACUCGAAGUCUCGCAGUAUCAUCGGUCGACCCCUUAAAACAAGGAGAGGUACUGGCUGCUAUCGAGAUGAUGUCCAGCAUUGGAGCCUUCCUCUCUCCUGUUGUCAUGGGCAGCAUUUUUACUGCCACGAUCUCGAGUCAACCGAUGUUGGUGUUCUAUAUCCAUGCGGCGAUCGUGAUAGCGGCUGCAUCGCUACUCUUUCUCGUCAGAGACUCUGAUCGUUAUCAGAAGCCACCACAGACACAAGACUAA